GGGUAAAUUGUUCACAUGCUUUUAUCCUCUGCCGUGGGUCUGCGAGGUAUCAGAUCCACAAACCCUGAGCUUAUAGUAGAGGAGCGCGCUGACGAAGAAGUCAAAGUACACGCCAGUUUUCUACCGAAGUCCAAGUUUUUCUUCCGCCAAUUGGAUACGAAGAUGAGCUUUCAGAUCUGCAGAUCGGCUUCGAGGGCUGCGAGGUCCCUCCUCUCGGCUUCCAAGAACUCGUCGAUCCUCUUUCAAGGACGAGCGAUUGCAGCAACUUCAGCAAACAAAUCAAGAGGAAUGUAUUCCACUUUGUCCUUACUUUAUGAGAGAUCCAGUUACAAGAGUGCAUCUAUUGGAUUGUUACCUGCUGCUCUGGCUCUUCCUGCUGCAGCGUACAUGCUUCAGGAGGAAGUUCAUGCAGCCGAGUUGGAAAGAACCUUUAUCGCAAUUAAGCCAGAUGGAGUCCAAAGGGGCCUGAUCGCAGAGAUAAUUUCACGUUUUGAACGCAAAGGGUAUAAGCUGGUAGCUAUUAAGUUGGUUAUUCCCACUAAUGAGUUUGCUCAGCAACAUUACCAUGAUCUCAAGGAGAGGCCUUUCUUUAGUGGCUUAUGCAACUUUUUGAGCUCCGGCCCUGUACUUGCCAUGGUUUGGGAAGGAGAGGGAGUUAUAAAGUAUGGCAGAAAACUUAUUGGUGCAACAGACCCUCAAAAAUCAGAGCCAGGGACUAUUCGAGGUGAUCUUGCAGUUGUUGUUGGAAGGAACAUAAUCCAUGGAAGCGACGGACCUGAAACCGCUACAGAUGAGAUUGCCCUCUGGUUUUCACCCAGCGAGCUAAUUUCCUACGCCAACAAUGCGGAGAAGUGGAUCUAUGGAGAGAAUUGAUUAGUAUUUCAAGUUUUUUUUUUAUUUAAAAUUUUUCCGUACUAAUUGAUAAGCUAAAAUAUGCGAAUUAUGCAUUCCUAAUUUUAAAUAAUUGAGCUAAUAAGGGGUAGUAAGGAUUAUUAUGCCCUGUAUUUCCGAGAAGCUGCUGCCAAAAUGAUACUUGUUCUUAGUGGCAGAUGGCUUACAUAAACCUUUGCUUUAAUAAGCUUUGAAUGAUCAGUUGUUCUUAUCAAAUCAAGAAUAUAUUUAGUUGUUUAGCACUUUAA